UGGGAAUUUGGAACCAUCGUAUAUUGUUUUGCAGAAGCUGUUCAACACAUACUUUGGAGCAGCCGCCUGAAAUAUUCCGUAAAUUCUUUUGCAGUAGCUCCUGUGCUUGAGCACUAGCCAUCUCAGAAGACUUUAUCGUUUCUUUGAGAUCAGCACUCUAGUGGGAUUUGGUGAACUUUGUGAGGGACAAUACCAGCUUUUAGACUAACAUGUUUUCAUGGUUGUAGGACUUUCAGACAUUUCUUCUUCAAUUACCCUUCCAACUUAGAGGAUUGUACUUUUUGAUAAAUUGAAGAUGUAUCUAGUGGAGAGUAAAGGAGGUGCCAUAGCUUGCAUGCUGCUUGCUCUUUUCUUCUUGGGCACCUGGCCUGCUAUUAUCACUCUGCUAGAAAGACGAGGACGCCUUCCUCAGCACACUUACCUUGAUUAUACAAUGACAAAUCUCUUGGCUGCAGUCAUUAUAGCUUUAACGUUUGGUCAGAUAGGGGAGAGCACGGUCGAAAGACCCAAUUUUUUUACUCAACUUUCUCAGGAGAAUUGGCCUUCUGUUCUGUUUGCAAUGGCUGGUGGGGUGGUUCUCAGCCUGGGAAAUCUUUCCACACAAUAUGCUUGGGCUUUCGUUGGUUUAUCAGUUGUACAAGUGAUUUCAUCAAGCAUGACUGUUGUCAUAGGCACAACCUUGAAUUACUUCUUAGAUGACAAAAUCAAUAGAGCUGAGAUCCUUUUCCCAGGUGUUGGUUGCUUCCUGGUAGCUGUUUGUCUUGCAUCAGCUGUUCACUCAUCCAACGCAGCUGAUGAUAAAGCAAAGCUUAGCAGUUGGUCAAAUGAGAACAAAACUGGGACGGAGGCUGUGCUUUCCUCGGUGCCCGAAGAAGCAAUUCCAAACAAGGUAACAAAGGAUCUAGAGAAUGGGAACGGUCCUGUACACAAGGCAAAAGCAGGAACAGCAACUUUCCUGAUAGAGCUUGAGAAAAGAAGGUCAAUCAAGGUGUUUGGAAAGAGCACUUUCAUUGGACUGGCCUUAACUUUCUUCGCCGGUGUUUGCUUCUCCCUCUUCUCCCCAGCAAUUAACUUGGCAACAAACGAUCAGUGGCACACUCUGAAGGAAGGGGUUCCUAAGUUGGUUGUCUACACAGCAUUUUUCUACUUCUCGCUCUCUUGCUUUGUGAUUGCUCUCAUCCUAAACAUCAGCUUCCUUUACCAUCCAGCUCUGGGAGUACCCAGAUCAACCUUUAAGGCCUAUCUGAAAGACUGGAAUGGCCGAGGCUGGGCCUUCCUGGCUGGCCUUCUAUGUGGCUUUGGGAAUGGUCUCCAGUUCAUGGGAGGUCAAGCUGCAGGCUAUGCAGCAGCAGACGCUGUUCAGGCACUUCCUCUGGUGAGCACAUUCUGGGGAGUAAUUCUGUUUGGAGAGUACCGAAGAUCAUCCCGAAGAACAUAUGUGUUACUAUUCAGCAUGUUGUUCAUGUUCAUUGCGGCUGUCGGAGUACUCAUGGCAUCAGCCGGGCGUAGGAAAUGAAGAUGCAGCUUUCCAAGGAUUGGAGUACAUAUACCUGCAGGAAGAUGACUAUCAUAUACUCUUGCAUGUAUUUAUGUGGUUGCGAUUUGAAUGUCAAAGAUAUAAACCUAUUUAAUUAUCCAAUGAUCAAUAUAUAAUCAAAUAUAUGAAAAUUAGAGAUAUUCA